GUCCAUCUAUAAGAUCUAUGUCAAAUUUACCAAAAUUAAUAGCCCAAGUAACUUUUGGUGCUAGUAGAGCGGUUGGAAAAGCUUUCGUUGCUAUGGGUAGACAAGCUGUCGCCAACGCAACCUACAAACCAGAUUUGAAUGAACCAAUAGAGCAAUCUAAUGACAAAAAUGCUCCACAGGGUAAUCCAUCACAGAAAGCUACAAAACAACUUAAAAUGACGCUCGAUGAAGCUCACUUGAUUUUGAACGUUAAGCGAGAAGCUAGUCUAGAGGAGAUAAAGGAGAAUUACGACCAUCUGUUUAAAGUUAAUAGCCCACCACAGCCAAAGGUUGAUCCAAAAGCUGAGGCGGCACCAAAGAAGCCACAAAGGAAAAGUCAUUCGAAUAAGCUCAAGACAGACACAAUACCAUACAGUCAUUACUUGCAAUCAAAAGUUGUCAGAGCCUUUGAGAGAAUACAGGCUGAGCAGUCGAGCCGCAUUGAGAUGGAGAAGCACCAAGAUAGCAUAGAGGCUGAACAGCCAGAAAUAGAGAAGAAAGAAGGAGAAGUCCCAAAGAAAGAAGGCGAUGCUCCAAAAAAAGAAGAACAGACGGAGAAAAAGGAUUAA